UUACCUCGUAUGAGCUGGAUUGUUUUGGAUUUACCUGUUGGCGUUUGGGCCUGGACCUACCGAGAACCCGAUUCGUGUACCCAACCCUGCUAUCCUUGACUUCACCUACGGCCUGGGUGGACCAGGACGGAGAAACAAACACAUAGGUGUCACCAUGGAGAGAGGAAUCCUCAUCUGGUCUCUCUUGUUGUUCCUUGCCCUGAAUAUCGCCUAUUCAUACCCUAAUACAACCCUCAACUCAAUCCAAGACCUAAAGGAUCGUGUCCAUCCCCUCUCCACAUCUCAGCUCAGUUUGCUCUACUGGCUCGCCAGCGAAAUCAAAAACAUAGACAACAACAACAUCAUGACAUUCAAUUUUGAUCCAACCAGAGGAGACUAUGGUUCUCAUUAUUAUAAAAACAUAGAAAGGGUGUUACCUCCACUUUUAAAUAACAUUGGAAACUACUACACCCUAGGAAAUCUCAAUUUGACAAAUGCUCUGGAAUUCCCAGAAUAUGUCACUAAAGAAUUUCUCAUGUCAACACAUAUUGCAGAGAAGUUAGUGAAUAACAGACAGAGGCUCAUCCUCCAUGCCAUAUGGAAUCAUCAUUCAACGAUGUUCAUCACAGUGGAUCAGGUCUACCUCACUCAGCACUAUCCACCCAACUGGAGGAGAGGUUCUGAAUACGACCCAGUUAACACCUACCGCAUCACCCCCAACCUCCUGAGAGAGAUCCAGACGUUCCAGACCCUCUCAGCAACUGAUAUCCAAAACCAAUACGGCAUACAAAUAGGCCCAACAAAUCAAAUAGAAGAUCCCUUGCAGAGAUUAGCAUUGUUUUUCAAAAUGAUUAAUAAUUUGAAAAUAUCUAUUAUCACAUUUUGCUAUUCUAAUACCAAGCAACGCCGUCGCCGUGCAGUGAGUAAGGAAGAGUGUGAUGAUUUGAAGAUUAAGCUGGAGGUAAAGACCACAAGUGAAGGGACAGCCAGGAUCAGCUGGGAUGACAUCCCUAAGAGGCACUUGAACCAGGAUGUGUUUGUGGUGCUUUAUCAGAACAAGGACAGUGAGAUCCAGCUAGCCACCACCAAGAUAAUCGAGGCCUCUGGGAAUUUCACCACAACUGCAGCUCUGAAUCCCGGCCUGCAGGUCAGGCUUCACAAGAGCAAAACCAAAUGGCUGACACAGAAAAUUCCCGGGGAGGAGAUCUGGAGAGGUCUUGAGUUUCACGACACCAGGGAGAUUCCUGUUGGCAUAAGAGGUUAUGACGCCAGUCUGCAGCUCUACGUUAAAGAUGGCAAGGCCAGCGCUCGCCUGUACGUCAGGAACUCUUUCACUGACUGGAUGGAUGUGUUAAAGAGCUCCUGGGUUGGUUUCUACUCCAAUGGAAACACAGGCACCUCUACGUGUUAUACGUGGCAGUGGGCUGUGUAUUUCUCCAAGGAAACCCGCUCCGACAUACCAGAGUAUGAUGUGUAUGUGUAUCAGUCUAGUAUGGCCAUGUCUCCUGGCGUCCAUGCUAGAUUCAUACUCUGGAAAAAAUCUGGAGAAAAAGCCCGUACCUCAGACUGGGAAAUACAGAGACCUGCCAUUAUAAAUGUUAAUAUAAACGGUUACGACGCCAGUCUGCAACUAUUUGUUAGAGAAGGCUAUGCCUGCGCUCGCCUGUACAUCAAGAAGUCCUUCAGUGAUUGGAUGGAUGUGUUUCAGAACUCCUGGGUUGGCUUCUACUCCAACGAAAAUAAAGCCACCAUGGAGUAUGAUGAAAAUAUGUGGCAAUGGACCAUUAAAUUCUCCAAGGAAAUUCAGUCUGACAUACCAGACUAUGAUGCUUAUGUAUACCAGUCUUAUCGAGCCAUGUCUCCUGGUGUCCAGGCCAGAUUCCUACUGUCUAACAAGAUUGAAAAGGCCCGUACUCUACCCUGGGAAAUACAGAGACCUGCUGAUAGUAAGUCUCCUGUUGAUAUAAACGGUUAUGAUGCCCUUCUGCAGCUCUUCAUUAAAGGCAACAAGGCCAGCGCUCGCCUGUACGUCAGGAACUCUUUCACUGACUGGAUGGAUGUGUUAAAGAGCUCCUGGGUUGGUUUCUACUCCAAUGUAAACACAGGCACCUGUUAUACGUGGCAGUGGGCUGUGUAUUUCUCCAAGGAAACCCGCUCGGACAUGCCAGAUUAUGAUGUGUAUGUGUAUCAGUCUAGUAUGGCCAUGUCUCCUGGUGUCCAGGCUAGAUUCAUACUGGAUAACAAUGAAAAGGCCCGUACUCUACCUUGGAAGAAUUAGGGCUCGAUUCAAUCUGUGUAGCUGAAGUUCAGUGCUAAUGCGCAAUAUAUAUUCAAAGGUAAUUUGCGAUUGAGCCCACAUAUGCAGCAUUUACCGUGAAUGCAGUCUCCGCGAACAGAAAGUUGCUUUAAAAUGUUUUUUUUUGCGCAUUAGCGCUUACUUCAGUGAUACAUGAUUGAAUAGAAUUUACAGUGCAUCCAAAAAGUAGUCAGACCCCUUGACUUUUUCAACAUUUUGUUAAGUUACAUUCUUAUUCUAAAUUGGAUUCAAUCGUUUCCCCCCCCCCCCCAUCAGUCUACACACAAUACCCCAUAACGACAAGGCAAAAACAGGUCUUUAGGCAUUUUUGCAAAUGUAUUAAAAAUAAAAAACUGAAAUAUAACAUUUACAUAAGUAUUCAGACCUUUUACUCAAAUCAAAUCAAACUUGAUUUGCCACAUGCACUGAAUACAACAAGUGUAGACUUUACCGUGAAAUACUUACUUACAAGCCCUUAACCAACAGUGCAGUUCAAGAAGAACAAAAUAUUUACCAUGUAGGCUAAAAGAAAAACUAAUAAUAAAAAGUAACACAAUAAGAAUAACAAUAAUGAGGCUAUAUACAGGGGGCACCAGUACCGAGUCAGUGUGCAGGGGUACAGGCUAGUUGAGGUCAUCUGUACAUGUAGGUGGGGGCGAAGUGACUAUGCAUAGGUAACAAACAAACAGCGAGUAGCAGCAGUGUAAAUUGUCUGGAGGUGAUUUUUAUGAAUUGUUCAACAGACUAAUGGCUUGGGGGUAGAAGCUAUUGAGGAGCCUUUUGGUCCUAGACUUGGCACUCCAGGACCGCUUGCCGUGCGGUAGCAGAGAAAACAAUCUAUAACUUGGGUGACUGGAGUCUCUGACAAUUUUCUGGGCUUUCUUCUAAGUACUUUGUUCUAGCACCUUUGGCAGCAAUUACAGUCUUCUUGGGUAUGACGCUAUAAGUUUGGCACACGUGUAUUUGGGGAGUUUCUCCCAUUCUUCUUUGCAGAUCCUCUCAAGCUCUGUCAGGUUGGAUGAGGAGCAUCGACUGCACAGCUAUUUUCAGGUCUCUCCAGAGAUGUUUGAUCGGGUUCAAGUUUACUCCUGUGUUGUCUUGGCUAUGUGCUUAGGGUCGUUGUCCUGUUGGAAGGUGAAUCUUAGCCCCAGUCAGAGGUCCUGAGUGCUCUGGAGCAGGUUUUCAUCAAGGAUCUUUCUGUACUUUGCUCUGUUCAUCUUUCCCUCAAUGCCGAUUAGUCUCCCAGUCCCUGUCACUGAAAAACAUCCCCACAGCAUGAUGCUGCCAUCACCAUGCUUCACUGUAGGGAUGGUAUCAGGUUUCCUCCAGACGUGACACUUGGCCUUCAGGCCAAAGAGUUCAAUCUUGGUUUCAUCAGACCAGAGAAGCUUGUUUCUCUUGGUCUGAGAGUCCUUUAGGUGCAUGUUCCUUUUACUGAUACAUGGCUUCCAUCUGGCCACUCUACCAUAAAGGCCUGAUUUGUGGAGUGCUGCAGCAAUGGUUGUCCUUCUGGAAGGUUCUCCCAUCUCCACAGAGGAAUUCUGCAGCUCUGUCAGAGUGACUAUCCGAUUGCUCAGUUUGGCCAGGCGGCCAGCUCUAGGAAGAGUCUUGCUGGUACCUAACUUCUUCUAUUUGAGAAUGAUAGAGGCCACUGUGUUCUUUGGUACCUUCAAUGCUGCAGACAUUUUUGGGUACCCUUCACCAGAUCUGUGCCUCGACACAAUCCUGUCUCGGAGCUCUGCGGACAAUUCCUUCAACCUCAUGACUUGGUUUUUGCUCUGACAUGCACUGUUUUUAAAAACAUGUUUUCACUUUGUCAUUAUGGGGUAUUGUGUAUAGAUUGAAGAGGGAAAAAAACAUAUUUAGUCCAUUUUAGAAUAAGGCUUGUAACGUAAAAAAAAAUUGGAAAAAAUCAAGGGGUCUGAAUACUUUCUGAAUGCACUGUAUAUUGUGCAUUAGCUUUUACUUCAGCGAUACAUGAUUGAAUAAAGCUCUUAGAGGAGUAGCUUAGUGAGAGAGUUGAGCUGUAGACAGAGAAUCAACAGAUCUCUAAACCAGUUCCCAACUGGCUCAUUCAAACCCUCUCCUCUUUCCUGUAAUGUUUUCAUUUCUACCUUUUCAACAACAACAAACAUUUAAGCAUUAGAAUGAUUAGAACUUGGUCUUUUUUUAAAGUAACUUAUCUAUUCAGAAUGUGCAAGUGUGUGAGAAAUGUAUGCUCGCUACAAGGACAAUAAGUCCUUUGCAGUAAUCGCAGAUUAUCCUUGUAUAACUUUUUUAAAUCCUUUAAUCGAUUUAUUUCAUUUGUUAUGUUUUUCAAUCUCAUGUGUUUUACUCUCAUUAUAAUCAUAUUGCAAUAACUGUUUAUCUGAUGUUAAUUUGUAUUUGGAGCAUAUUUGUAUUAAAUCUUAAUAUCACUUCA